AUGUCAACAACAACAACACGCACCUCAUCAUCCUCCCUCGAGCAAUGGGUAAGUGAUGAAUUAUAUGAAGUCAUCAAGUACAGUAGUGGUGCGGUUAGUGCCUAUGUGAUUAAUUUGGCCAAAAAGUAUCGAUCCAAUCCGAGUAGGCUUGUGGGUGAAUUGGAAAGGGAAUUACUCGGAGAGGAUUCUACUGACAAGUUGGGCAGUACUCAUGAAAUUCUGGAUCGGUUUGCAAGACAAUUAAUUUUGAAAUUACCAGAAGCUCAUGCACAAGGAGAAACAACCAUCUCCUCAAGUAAGAGCAACAAGUCUUCCUCAAAAUAUUCAUCAUCAUCAACGUUGCUUGAUGAAGAAAAUGUUUCGAAUCUUUUGGUUCUUUCCGAUGAGGAAGAUUAUAGCACUAAAAAGAGUAGUAGCAAGAAACGAAAAAAGGCAAAGAAUGUUCAUUUGCGAACGAAAAACACUUCGGAAUCGACAGAACAACAAGAUGAUGGAAAUGCAAAUCUUAAUUUCUUGGAAAAUCCACCAAAGAAAUCAAAAUAUGACAAUGUGGAAGAUCAAGAAGCUCAUCAGCCAGAGAGUGUGGAAACGAUGAAUGCUUCUUCUGAACAACCAGAAGAAGAAGCGCCACAGAAUGAAGAAAACCCUCCAGCAGCUGGUGAGAAAACCUCUCAAAAGAGACGACUCACACGAGAGGAGCUUGUCGAGCAAAGAACCAAAUCACUUGGAGAUCGAAAGCGAGUAUUAGAAGAUUUGAGAAAGAAAUCUCGUCAUCACUAUCUCACUGAAAGAGAGCGUAAAUUAUUAAGAGAGCUUGAAAAUCAAUUAAUAGAGGAAGAAAUUGAGAAAAAAGACUAUGAAUUGGAUGAAGCUGAAAGACUCGAUCGAGAGACGAAAAGACGUGUCUUACAAUAUUCCAAAUCAAAACAUAAUACUCGAAAGAUGGAUUAUUAUCAAUUGCCUGAAAAUUAUUAUGAUGCAGAAACAGGUGUGUCACGUAAUAAGGAACGAUUAGAGCUCAUCAAGAAGCGCGAAGACUACUCGUAUCAUGAUCCUCAGGGACAUCGUAUUUCAGAACAACGAAAGCUUGAAAAUGAUCUCAUUGAACAGUCUACCAUGAAGUUUGGUGCUGCAGAUCGAGUGAAACAAGCAGAGCAAGAACAAAAAGUAGACCUUCUCGUUGAAGAUGAAAUUGAAUUCAUACAGGAAAUUCUCGAAGGAAAGCGAGAAAUGCCUGAAGAGCUCAAAAAAGAACUAGGUCUCACUGAUCACAAUAUUCAAUUGAAUAAGGCAGUGAAUAAGGUGACAUCCAUGCAAGAAUUUCGAAAAACUCUUCCCAUCUAUUCCAUGAGAGACAAGCUCAUUCAAGCAGUCAAUGAAAAUCAAGUCAUUAUCAUUGUUGGUGAGACAGGCUCAGGAAAAACAACACAGCUUACUCAAUACCUACACGAGGCGGGAUACACACAAAAUGGUAAAAAGAUUGGAUGUACACAACCACGUCGAGUUGCUGCCAUGUCUGUAGCAGCUCGUGUCGCCGACGAAAUGAACACAAAACUUGGUGACAAGGUUGGUUACACGAUUCGUUUCGAAGAUUGUACCUCUGAAAAUACUCUCAUCAAGUACAUGACCGAUGGUAUGCUGUUGAGAGAGUUUUUGAAAGAGCCCGAUUUGGGCAGUUAUAGUGUCUUGAUGAUUGACGAAGCUCACGAACGAUCGUUGCAUACGGAUAUUUUGUUUGGACUCGUGAAGGACAUUGCUCGUUACAGAAGUGACAUUCGUUUGAUCAUUUCUAGUGCUACAGUUGAGGCAGAAAAAUUCUCUAGGUAUUUUGAUGGUGCACCAAUAUUCAAUGUUCCUGGAAGAAAGUUUCCUGUGGACGUGUACUACACCAAGGCACCAGAAAAUAAUUAUUUGGACGCAGCUGUGGUCACAGUUUUACAAAUUCACGUCACUCAACCUGACGGUGAUAUUCUGGUAUUUUUAACAGGUCAAGAUGAAAUUGAAAAGUGUGAAGAAUCUCUCAAAGAACGUAUGAAAAUGAUUUCCUCUAAGGCUAAAGAAUUAAUUGUGGUGCCGAUUUAUUCAACUCUACCCUCUGAUCAACAAGCCAAGAUUUUCGAGCCAACACCUCCCGGCGCCAGAAAAUGUGUUUUAGCCACCAACAUUGCAGAGACGUCAUUGACCAUUGAUGGAAUUGUCUAUGUCAUUGACUCGGGCUAUUGCAAACAAAAUAGUUACAACCCUCGAACUGGAAUGUCAUCUUUGGUUGUGACACCAAUUUCAAAAGCAGCAGCCAUUCAGAGAGCUGGUAGAGCUGGAAGAGUCGCUCCUGGUAAAUGUUUUCGGCUUUACACUUCCUACUCAUUUCAUAACGAAUUGGAGGAAAGUCCUGUGCCCGAAAUUCAACGAACCAAUUUGGGAAAUGUUGUUCUUUCUCUGAAAAGUUUGGGAAUUAACGAUUUGGUCAAUUUUGAUUUUAUGGAUCCUCCUCCGCACGAAACACUCAUUGCUGCUCUCGAACAGCUUUAUGCAUUGGGAGCAUUGAACGACGAUGGAGAUUUGACCUCGAUGGGUCGAAGAAUGGCAGAAUUUCCACUCGAUCCACAACUCUCUCGAAUGUUGAUUGCUUCUGAAAAAUAUGGAUGCUCUGAGGAAAUUGUGACCAUUUGUGCCAUGCUCUCUGUGAAUAAUGCAAUUUUUUAUAGACCUAAAGAUCGUGAGUUGCAGGCCGAUAAUGCUAAAAAAUCAUUUGAUCAUCCACACGGUGACCACUUGACCCUACUCAAUGUCUACAAUGAAUGGGCUGAAACAGGAUACAGCGUGACAUGGUGUCAACAACAUUUCAUUCAGGAACGAUCCAUGUUGAGAGCUAAGAAAAUUCGAGAACAACUGGUCCAAUUAAUGGAACGAGUAGAAAUGGAAAUGUUGUCCAAUCCUCAAGAUUCGGAAGCCAUUCGAAAAGCAAUUACCUGUGGCUUCUUUUAUAAUGUGGCAACACUUGAAGGUCACACGGGAAGUUAUCGAACCAUGCAGAAAAAACAAACCGUUUACGUUCAUCCCUCAUCAUGCCUCUUUGUUGGAAAUGAUAAGGACAAACUUGUCACAAUUGUUGGAGAUCCCAAACUUGCUCCCAAAGAUCAAAAGGAAUUACCCAAAUGGGUCGUCUUUUUUGAACUAGUUCUCACAACACAAGAAUACAUGAGACAAGUCGUUGCCAUUGAACCCGAAUGGCUCCUUGAAAUUGCUCCUCAUCUCUACGAUGGUAAAAUUACCUUAAAACAGAAAAAGAUGCCAAAAGGCACAGGAAAGAAGCCUCUCAAUAAGCGAUAA